UAAGUCGUCCCUAAAACUCUUUAAAAUUACAUAAAGCCCCUUAUUUCUAUAGUAUAUAACUUAACUCUCCGCGCAUUUCUUCAUUUCGUGUUUUGUUUUUUCGGCUUGGUUGAAAUUGAAAGCUCUCUCUCGCAGUUUCAUUCGACAAAAUGAGCCGACAUCCAUCUGUUAAAUGGGCACAAAGGUCUGAUAAACUUUACAUAACCAUCGACUUACCCGAUGCUCAGGAUGUGAAACUUAAGCUGGAGCCUGAGGGCAAGUUUUUAUUCUCUGCAAUCAGUGGGGCGGACAAGAUUCCUUACGAACUUGACCUCGAUUUGUUUGACAAAGUUGACGUAAAUGAGAGCAAAGCUAGUGUAGGCUUGAGAAAUAUUCGUUACCUCGUGAAAAAAUCUGAGGACAAAUGGUGGAGCAGACUGUUAAAGCAGGCAGGAAAGGCUCCCGUGUUUCUGAAAGUUGAUUGGGAGAAAUGGGUUGAUGAAGAUGAGGAGCAUGAGAAUAACAAUAAGGAAGUUGAAAACGAUAUGGACUUUGGGGACUUGGAUUUUUCGAAGCUGAACAUGGGAGGGGGUGAAGGCGAAGGCGAAGGUUAUGAUGGCUUAGACGGCGCUGAAGAUUUUGAUGGCUUAGAUGGUGGUGCUGACGACGAUGAUGAUGAGGACGAUGAUAGUGACACAGACGAUGACAGUGAUGAUGAAGAGGAAUCACCCGCUACUGAUGAACUUAAUGAAAAGGUUUCGCCGGUUGUUGACACUGCACCUAAAGCUUGAAUAUUGUCAUGCAUUAAAGUUGGGAUACCUAAACUGUCAACCUUAGAAAUUUUCUCUCUUUUUGGGGGUGUAUGAUCAAUGGUGUUUGGCAUAGUAGUUUUUGAACAGAGAGAAAACUACAUAGGUAAUUCAAUGAAUGUCUUCAGUCUCUUGUGAUGUGAAUGUUUUCUUUACUCUCUAAGAUACUAAUACCCUAUAUCACUGAUAUCAAAGAAUUGGUGUGAUUCUGAUUCUGUAAAUUUUGCAAAAAUGGAUCUUGUUGUUAAUCUUUAAUGGUCUUUCUCAUGAAAUUUUGAUCA